UGGACGUGGUGAGGUCGGCCUGGCCGCCCGCAGCGCUGCAGAGCCGCACCAGGGCCGUAGGCGGACGAGGACCCCGCUCAGCCGACUCCUCGCCCGCGCCUCCCGGGCGCCGUCCGCAGCUGUAGCAGAGUGCCGUGCAGCGCUGGUCGUUCGCUCGCGCCGCCCGCAGAGUCGAGAUGGCUGCCAACCCCGCCGCGCUGCGCAGGAAGCAGAAGAUGGCGGAGGCCGAGGCGAGCUGCCCGCCGGCCGAGCGCGAGGUGCGUGUCGUCGUGGCGCGCCGAGCCUUCACACAGGCACAGUUCCAGCAGGAGUACGACUACACGGAGCCAAAGCCUAAAACCAACGCCGAACUGGUGGCCGAGCACUUCCGGGACAACUGCUCGCCCAACGGCGACUGUGUGGCCAACACGCUGACCCGCUACCUACCCAUCCUGGCCUGGAUGCCGGCCUACAACUUCCGGCGUGACCUGGUGGGCGACCUCAUCGCUGGCAUCACCGUCGCCAUCAUGCACAUCCCGCAAGGAAUGGCGUACGCGCUGCUAGCCCGUAUUCCACCCAUCCACGGAAUUUACAUGGCCUUCUUCCAGUGCCUGCUGUACGUGAUUUUCGGAACGUCGCGUCACGUGUCAGUCGGCACCUUCGCCGUUACCUGCAUAAUGACGGGCAAGGUGGUGAUGGAGUAUUCGGAGCCGCAGCCGUCCGCCGACAACAGUACGGAGCAGGUGCUCUACGAUCCGGUGCUGGUGGCCACUACCGUCACCAUGGCCGUCGGCAUAGUUGAGCUCGUGAUGUUCGCGCUGCGGAUCGGCGCGCUCACGGUCAUCCUGUCCGACAUGCUGGUGAAGGGUUUCACCACCGGCGCCGCCGUGCACGUGCUCAUGUCGCAGGUCAAGUCGCUCUUUGGCCUGACACUGCCCCGCUACUCCGGCCCCGGAAAACUCGUCAAGUCGUUCGUGGCGAUUCUGAAAAACGCGUUCAGUGCCAACCCGGCCGCCAUGGUCAUCUCAGGCGUCUCCAUCUCGGUGCUCGUGUUUAACAACGAGUACCUGAAGCCCAAGGUCGCCAAGAAGACCAAGUUCCCAAUACCGAUCGAGCUGAUCGUGGUGGUGAUCGGCACGGUGGCCUCCUACUUUGGAGACCUGGAGGGCAACUACAAGGUGCAGGUCAUCGGCAACGUCACCACCGGCCUGCCUCGCCCCACCAACCCCGUGUUCUCACUGCUGCCGCACAUCCUGAUGGACGCCGUCAUCAUCGCCAUCAUCGCGUACUCGGUUGCGCUCUCCAUGGCGCAGCUGUUCGCCAAGAAGCACGAAUACGUGGUCGACCCGAACCAGGAGCUAAUCGCUUACGGCGUCGGCAACAUCGCCUCCUCCUUCUUCGCUUGCGCGCCGAUGGCAGCCUCGCUGUCCCGUUCGCUCAUCAUGGAGAACGUGGGCGGUAAGACGCAGGCGUCCGGCAUCAUUACCUCCGCCAUCCUGCUGGUGGUACUGCUAUGGCUGGGACCCGUCUUCGAGGUGCUGCCCAAGUGCGUGCUCAGCUCCAUCAUCGUCGUCUCGCUGAAGGGCAUGUUCAUGCAAUUCCAAGAUCUGAAGCAGGUGUGGCGCACGUCACGCGCCGACGCGCUCAUCUGGUUCACCACCUUCAUCGCCGUCGUCGCCAUCGACAUCGACAUCGGCCUGGCCGUCGGCGUCGGUGUCUCGGUGGUGGUACUGCUGCUGCGAAACCAGAAGCCGGAGACGGCGCUGCUUGGCAGCGUGGGCGGCACCGACAUCUACCUGGACAUUUCCAAGUACAAGUCGGCGGAGGAGGAGGGCGACAUCAAGAUAUUCCAGUUCGGCGGCCCGCUGCACUUCUGCAACCGCGACUUCUUCCGCAACCAAGUGAUUCAGCUGACGGGGCUGGACCCUAUCCAGUACAAGUCGUUCAUCCACCGCCUGGAGGCUCAAGCGCACGCCAAGGCCAUGAAGGAGAAGCUCAAGGCGAAGAAAGAUCGCCGCAAUCCUCAGAAGGCAGACUCCAAGACCGGCGGGCGCUUCUUCGCCGAGACCAAGCUGGACCCCAGCGUGGAGAAGCCCGAGUCGGCCAAGAAGCGUGCGCAGAUGGCCGGCAUCGCGAACGCCGCGUUCGAGUCGAACGAGGAGCGCAGCGGCUCGCGUGAGCUGCUCACGCCGCCGGCCAGUGCCGACUACUACGGUAGCCUCGACUCCGACCGCGGACCGCCCUGGAAGAGACUGUGC